UUAAUCAAGGAGAAACGGUUGAGUGCAUUCGAAAUGAGGAAGAAACACCAAGUAUGUACCAAAAUUAAAAAAGAGAAUCAGAAAAGAUAAGAAGCAAAGUAGAAUGAAAUCUGCAGGGCUAUAUUUCCUUAUUUAAUUAGACAGAAUAAUGAAGAUUGAUGGUGAAAAGAUAAGAAUGAUCCUGAUAUACGCUACUGUAUACAAAUGAAAGCGAAAGAUUGUGGGGGCGUAUGUUAUGAUCAGUGAAUUUGGAUUGAGAAUGUCGGGAAAACACAACAUAUGGGGUGGUCCACUGGAAAUAAACGUUGAGGAGCAUGGUCUGUGGCAUGAAGAAGAAGAAGAGGAGGAGGAGGAGGAAGAGUUCCGGCGGCGAAGGAGGGGGUUGGAUAGGGCGCCGUAUGAAGCACCAUCUGAUGAAGUGAAGCAAAGGUGGCUGCGGAGACCGGACAUCCUUGAAAAGUCCAAGUCAUCAUCUUCCUAUUGUAAUAAGAGUUCCAUUUCCACACUUGUUUGCCUUGUAACCAUUUCCGCCAUUAUCGCCCUCAUAAUGAAGCUCAAGCCACAUUAUCAUCCUCCAUCUUCCCCCACUCUUGAUAACUAUACCCUUGCUCUCCCCAAGGCCCUCCUCUUCUUCAACGCCCAGCAAUCUGGAAAACUGCCUCUGAACAACAAUGUUUCAUGGAGGGGUGACUCGUGUUUGAAAGACGAGCAGGUUGGUGGCUACUACGACGGCGGUGACUCCACCAAGUAUAAUUUCCCGGCGGCAUUCGCCAUGACGAUGCUAAGUUGGAGCGUACUGGAAUACAACCAGAAAUACGAAUCAGCUCUUGAGCUUCAUCAUGUCAAAUACACCAUAAAAUGGGGAACCGAUUACCUUCUCAAAACCUUCACCGCUUAUGCAAACUCGACGACCACUGUUGCUUCCCAACUACCUUCACCGACGACCAAACACAACAACAAGUGUUGGAUCCGCCCCGAGGAAAUCCAAUCCCCUCGCCCUGCAUCGCAUUGCACCACUUGCCCUGCUCUCGCUGCGGAAACCGCAGCCGCUCUAGCAGCUGCAUCCAUCGUCUUCCAUGAUAACGAGGCCUAUUCCAAGAAACUGAUCCAUGGAGCAGACGUGAUCUUCCGAUUCGCCACGCAAGGAUUAGGAGACAAGUACUCUGGCGGGGCCGAUCCGCCUUCGCUUGUCUAUAACUCGAGCGGCUUCUGGGAUGAGUUCUUGUGGGGCGGAACAUGGAUGUACUUGGCUACCGGAAAUUCUUCCUACCUCAAUCUCAUUACUAGUCCUGAAUUGGAUGAGAAAGUUGGUUCCAUGCGGCAGAGUGUGCUUUCUUGGGACAACAAGCUUCCCGGUGCUGCGUUGCUUCUUGCUCGCUUGAGAAUGUUCUUGGAUUACGGCUAUCCUUACGAACAAGUAUUGAAAAAUUAUCAAAACAAAAUCGAUGACAUAGUGUGCUCUUAUCUCCCAAAUUCCAGGAAAUUUAACAGAACAAAAGGAGGGUUGAUCAUGUUAAACCAUGGAAAUCCACGCCCUCUUCAGUACGUUGUGAACGCAGCAUUCUUGGCUAAGCUAUAUAGUGAUUACAUGGGUGCCUUAUACGUACCUGGAAUAAUGUGCGGAGGUAAAUUCUACCGUUCAGAAGCAUUGGAGGAUUUUGCUAGGACUCAGGUGGAUUACAUACUUGGGAAGAAUCCAGAGAAGAUGAGCUAUGUGGUUGGGUUUGGAGAGAGAUACCCUGAAGAAGUUCACCACAUGGGUGCAUCUAUUAUGAGUGAGAAGGGGAAGAAGUAUGGUUGUGGUGGUGGAUGGAAGUGGAGGGACAGAAGGAAACCGAAUCCGAAUGUGAUUGUAGGAGCCAUGGUUGGUGGUCCUGAUAAGCUUGAUGGUUUCAAUGACUUGCGUUCCAACUAUAACUACACUGAACCAUCUCUUGCAGGGAAUUCGGGUCUUGUUGCGGCGCUUGUGGCUUUGUCACAGAAUGCCACUCCAAAUAAUGGGAUAGACCACAACACCAUAUUCUAUUCAGUUCGACUUCCCUAACAUUGCUUAAGUUGCAAGAAACAUUAGAAUUUCAUUAUAUGUUUGUUUCUACUUUACUAUUUAUUUAUUUCAUAUAACCAUUUUUCCACCCUUUAAGAAAGAAAACUUCUGAAAUUCAUAGCUAGAAGAACCAGGGGAAUACAGAACUAUGUUGGUAACUGUAUUCUUCCUAUUUGUUUCAUGUGAAGGGUCAAAGUGUAUGACAAUAUAAUACAAUGUAUGUCUGGUAUGAAUUUGAUGUAUCUUAUCAAAUAACAAUAAAUAUUAAAUAAUAUCUGAUCAACUCAAGACUCAAGUCGUUUCUGCCUGUUUUUAAUCACAGGAGUAAAGCUUCCAUGUUAUAAAUACAAGAGUACCGGCUCCAUAUUUUGUGUUUUCUUGAUAUAUAUUCUCGGUGCAAAACAACUAAAUAUAGCCACUAUAGUGCAGACAACAAUAUGUUAAAUUUGUUUGCUGCUGGUGUUUACAAUAUGAGCUCGCAAUUUAUGACCGACUGUUUUGUCAUUUCCAUUUGUGACGAUUCUAAUUAUUGGGGUUGGCUCAGUGGGAUUAAAAGGCAAAAAGUAAACAUUAUUGAAGAAUGUUAUAAUAUAAAAAUCAAUGCUUAUAAGUUGUUGGUGACGUUUGGUACCAAAUAUAUGGGUCGGACAUUGUCUGUUAUUGCAUCUUUUAUGCAUAGCUGUCUCUUUUGGAGCCUUUCAUUUGAAGCCAGACUAGCAUCAUCGUCGCCGUGUGGUAUCUGACUGUAGAUACUGUAUUAAAACCGUAUAUUAUCACACAUUCUUUCUAGCUAACAUCAUAAUAUAAAAUUAGCUUGUAAAAACUAUUGGAGUCAAUGCUUCAACACAAACACAAAAAGAAUUGUCAAAGCUCAACCAAUUAAGACAAACCAGUAUGAACCAUUAAGUUACUGAUUCCAAUUUUAGCAACUACCUUUUAUUUCUUUAUUCUCUUUCAUUAUUUUUCAAAAAAGUUUAGUGGCCAAAGGAAUAUAAAUUUUAGGAUUCUUUGUUCAUUCAAAGACAAGGGUUUGUUGGAAAUGCACAAAUUAUUAACAAAUAAUGAUUGUCUACAAUUGUUUAUGUUUGUGUAUAUUUAUGCUUGGUAUAUAGAGGAACUUUUUAUUAUUUUUAUUAUAAUUGUUAUUUAACUGUAGUUCUAUUUUACAUUAAAGAAAAAGAAAAGGUCCUGUUUCUUUUUGUCUUUUUACUGGAACAUCCCUAAAAUUUUGUACAGAUCACCAAAAUUUCCGCACACAUGUACAGAUGUACUUAUAUUUUAAUUUAACUGUUUCAGAAAUAACAGUUUAAUUGUAUAUUAGGUCCUGUUUGCCGUCGAUCUGGAAAGUAUAUAUAACAUAUUACAAGAGGUCUUAUCCUUAUUGUUAUAGUAUUCUGGACCUUGCUCUAGUUUCUCCUUUUUUUUCCAAACUUUCACUCGGCUUAAACGUGCAAAUUUUCUAAGUAGUAGCAACAGGAGAAUCAGUGGUCAAUAGCCAAAAGCCCUGAAGUAUUAACAUUCAAUCAGAAAGAAGCUUUUGGUGGUGCUGAUUGACUCUUAUAAGGCUUCUUUGCCUCUUUCUGGAUUCAACUUUAUUGUUGAACCGCGAUCAAGAUAAUGGAAGUUCAAGUUGGAGCAGUAUCAAACAGAAGCUGUAACGAUUGCCACACAACCACCACACCUCUAUGGAGGGCUGGUCCAGAUGGCCCUAGGUCUCUUUGCAAUGCAUGUGGGCUAAGGUACAGGAAGAGGAGGAAAGCCCUGGAUAAAGGGGGAGCAAAGAAAAGCAGGAAGAGGAAUAAUAGAGCAACAAGUGAGCAUGAUGAUGAAGUGGAUUUUGGUUGCAAUAUGGAGCCUUAUACAUUACAUGGAAGAAGUCAAUUCAAGUUAAAAGAAGAAGAAGAGGCUGCUAUAUUGUUGAUGGCCCUUUCUUGUGCUUAUUAGAACAACUUCACACAAUUAAUCAUAUCAAUGGUUGUAAAGCACAAAAUGCCAAAUGUUUCUUCAUUUGUGUUCAUUUCUUUUGCAUACACUGUUAUCAAUUUUCAUUGCAGACAAAAUAAUAUCAAUCACUUUGUUCUCGGCACCGAGCUGCCAACGAUCCCAAAUUCAUGUAUCGUAUGGACUAGAUACUAGUAAAUCUUGCCUCUGCCACAGGGUUUAAUUGUAAAAAA